CGCGCGAAUUCAAAAAUUUUCAAACGCACCCAAAUACUUGGCACGCAACUAACUCGAUGAUUGUGCUCGGCUUGAACAAAAUUGAGUAUUGCAAAAAUAGUUUGCAAAAUUUUUGCUGUAAAUUGCCAAAAUAUUGCAUGCAUUUAUCGAAACAAUUGAAUUUAUAUACGAGUGCACGCAAAGAACCACAAUCCACAGAAUGAUUAUGGACAAAACAGAAAAUAUAGGCGAGCACGCCUGGACAAAGUUACUCGACGAUAAGGAUAGUACAGGAAAUGGAGCUGUGAUCGUUAGAAUGACAAAUUCCGACGGUAAACUUAUUAGUGAUAGGCACACAAUUGGCCAAAAAGAAACUAGUCCACUUACAAUGGAUCAUCUAGCACCGAUUUGUGGUAAGGACGGCGGUGACAGUGUGCUUGAUGGUGGUGACGGUUGCGGUGGUGGUAGUGAAAAUAGUGCAUCAGUUGCACGUAAAGAAUCUAUACUCGGUACAUUCCAUAAACAUUUAAGAAGAUCACUGAAAGCAGUUAGCGAGUCACCGGGUCCUAUAACAAGGUACCGCCAGACACGUUUUAGUUCGCGUCGUGUACGGAAACGUGUUGUGUUCAAACAUGGCGACUGCAAUGUCGUGCAAGGAAACGUCGCCAAACGACGCCGCAGGUAUCUACAGGACAUCUUUACCACAUUGGUCGACGCACAAUGGCGUUGGACUUUAUUAGUAUUCGCAUUAAGCUUUCUCAUAUCAUGGGCAUUUUUUGGAUUUAUAUGGUGGAUUAUCGCAUAUGCACACGGUGAUCUCGAAUAUAUAUAUAUGCGCGAUUUCCAACCAGAUCAGAUACAAAAUACAACACAUACCAUGUGUGUGACAGAGGUGCGCAGUCUUAUUUCGGCAUUUUUAUACUCAAUCGAAACACAACAUACGAUAGGCUACGGUAAUCGCUUCGUGACAGAAGAAUGUCCAGAGGCGAUAUUUACAAUGUGCCUACAAUGUAUAACUGGUGUCUUUAUACAAGCAUUUAUGGUAGGCAUUGUAUUUGCAAAACUCUCACGUCCCAAAAAACGUGCACAAACCUUACUCUUCUCAAGGAAUGCGGUCAUAUGUCAUCGAGAUGGUGUGCCGUGCUUGAUGUUUCGAGUGGGUGAUAUGCGUAAAUCUCAUAUUAUAGAAGCUCAUGUUAGAGCGCAAAUUAUAAGGAAGAAAAUAACGAAAGAAGGUGAAAUUCUGCCAUUCUUCCAACAAGAGUUACAUAUCGGUGCUGAUGGCGGUGAAGAUCGCCUUAUGUUCAUAUGGCCCACAACAAUUGUACACAAAAUCGAUCGUAACAGUCCGCUCUAUAUGCUAUCAGCAUCGGACAUGCUCAAAGAACGUUUCGAAGUUGUAGUAAUGCUUGAGGGUGUCAUUGAAUCUACUGGUAUGACGACACAAGCGCGUAGCAGUUAUUUACCUUCCGAGAUAUUAUGGGGGCAUCGCUUUGUAAAUUUAGUUUCCUUCCGAAAAGAGACAAGUGAAUAUGAAGUGGAUUACACUUUAUUCAAUAACACAUACGAUGUUGAUACCCCACUUUGCAGUGCUAAAGAACUAGAUGGAGUGAAGCUGGAGUACGCCAAAAAUGCUAAAAGCAGUUUAGAACGCGCACUUUCUGCUGGUUUGCUGCAGCAUAUAUCAAACCCGUCCGCGGAUCAUUUGGAUCCCGCUAGUGAUGAGUCUUUAGAUUCAGCACAUAAUCGUUUACGUUCCAAUUCCAUAUCGCAUGAGGGCUUAGCCGAUGAGCUACAGCCACUUAAUAGGCAGAUCAGCAAUAGUAACGCACAGCAUCGCACCUCAUUUACGCUGGGCGGUACCAUACCGAUAUUGGUCUCUAAUGCUUCCACACUUCCAACAAAUAAUCUACAAAGUAUUAAUGAGCACACAAAUUCCGGCAGCAGUAGUAAUAGCAACAGUAAUAACAGCACAACUAUUAAUAUAGAAAGUUUAAGUAACAAUAACAACAACAACAAUAAUAGCAGCCAAAAAAAACCGGGCAAUACUAGGCGAUUAUCCAUUAAACAAGACCAAUUGCCCAUAGAUUCAAUUUGCUGAUAUUUGCAGAAUUUAAUUGAAACUGUUCAAUUUUAGGAUUUUAACUAUUUUAGUUGAGAUGUUUUUUUA